AUGGGCGAGAUGAGGCUUUCCGGACUGGACGACUCGGUGUCCCCAGUGGUGGUUGCGGCAGCUUUGGCCGCUGUGGGGGGUUGUGGCCCAGCCGACGUCAAGGUCGGGGAGAUUCUCAUCUCCCCGGCUAGGCUAGGCACUGUUUGGGCCAAAUGCCCCCUGACGGCGCUGAGUAAGUUAGCCGCCUCCGGGAGGAUGGCGCCGCCGGCGCUGUCGGCGCGGUCCUUGCAGUGUUUCCGCUGCCUCGAAAAAGGCCAUGUGAGGCAGAAGUGCACCUGCGAAGUGGACCAGUCCGACUGCUGCUACGUUUACGGCGAGGAGACUAUACCCUACGAUAUAGGGGAUAAGGUUAAAUGGUUCCGGGGCCCGAUGAAGGCGAUCUGUGACGUCGCCAUGCCCCAGACGGGCCGCCUACUGGUGGUCGGGCGAAAUCGCCGACAUUCGGCAGAAUUGCAACGUCGCCCGACGCCAGUGGCAAAGGGCCCGUCGGAGAAGGAAUCGCGACCCAGCGGGGGAGAAAAAGCUGUACGGGUGCUACCGUGUAUUGGUGGUAGCCCUACAGCUGGCCAUCAGGGAGGCCAAGUCCCGGGCAUGGCAGGAGCUCCUCGGAUCUCUGGAUGCCGAUCCGUGGGGGCGCCCUUAUAUGUGGGCGAUGGACAAACUAAGGCCCUGGGCGCCCCCCGUGACGGAGAGCCUCGACCCCCAGUUCUUGGGCCAGGUGGUAGACACGUUGUUCCUUCGUGA